GAAACGGUCAAUCUCGCUUUGCAAGAUACGAGGUCUCGGUUUUGUUGGAUCCUCGCUACGGAAAAUCAUCCCUGUCCACGGUAAAGCAGAUCUCAAACCCCCGUCCUCAUCUGCAAGCCAUGCAUCAACUGCUGGCUGCAUCGUUGGCAGCAAUUGCAAAGCCAAGACAAAAGAAAAAAAGAAAAAAAAGACAAUAAUAAAUGCAAGGGGUCCAGGGUUGAAUUCAGUCUACUAAUAAGUUAAAAGCAAAAGAAAACGGAAACUGCCGACGACUACUUUCAUAUCCCCGGCUUGUCUAAAUCCAUGUCCUCGUUCAUUUAACUCCUACCGUAUCCUUUGCCACUUUUGAACUUCUUAACCUUUUAGUUCUUUGCCACAAACAUCUCGUCGUUUUUGCUUCGUGCAAAAAUCCGCUAUAAGCAAUGUUGGGGCAGCUCCACAAUACACGGCUCGACGUCAACCUUCUCUGUGACUGUCUGGAUGGCGCCCAGCCUACCCCAUUGUCCAAGCUGCAUCGGCAUACACACGCUUACGAUGACAUCUUGGCUGUGUCGCCCUACGCCCAUUUGGUCAGCGACGGCCACUUUUUAGAUCCGGGUCACGUCGCCAUGGAAUACGGUUCAAUGCCUUGUUUGCCGGACUAUGCUUUACGGUACCAAUCUACAGGCGGGCUCCACGCCCUGUCCCCCGCAAUUGCGCAUGGCGGUCAUUGCAACCACCUCGACUGCCGCCAACGAACGCCUCCGAAUAGCUCGAAUGUGGCGUGCUCCUUUGCGCCAGAAAGCAUGUCCUCAUCUCCUUUCCACCAACUUCGGUCCUUUUCGUCCCCGGACCAAGAGAAUGCUCGUCUGGCGAUGACAUUUUCCGGUUCUUCUGAGACGCAGACCAACGUGGGCGCCUUUUUUCCAACUCUUGACCCACUCUUUAGCAGUACGGUUGAUGGCUCUGUGUCAGAUGGAGGUUACCACUGCCUCGACGGCGCUUUUGUUUCCCCUCCAUCUCUGAGCCCCGAUCCGUCACUGUUGCCGCUUCCAUUUAGUACCUUUCCCAGAGUAGUUCAUGUACCGAAUGAUUUGGAUUCAUCUUCGGGUAUGUUCUCCCUCGGCGAGUCUCCACGCGAUAACCAAUCAUCGUUUCCCUACCCAUCGAGCUGUAGUCAGCCAUCGCAAUCGGGACAUGAUGAGAAUCCUUGGCUCUCUCCGGUCACAGCCGGGCUCGCUACUGCUCCCGACGAAGCUGGCAUCAGUUUGCCUUUGGCAUCCGUCUCGCCUCCCAUAACCCCUGCCACUGUUUCGCCAUCGUUGAUUAGACGUCCAAACCACGCAUCACGUUCACCCAAGGAAUGUCGCUCUCCCUUGCAGAAUUUUCCAGAGAUGGUGUCGCCAGUCCAGAAUCUCAAACUCGGUCGAAGGCGACGAAGAGUAACUCCCUCAUCACCACAGACCGAUGUGGAAGAAGUCAAAGGAUUCCCAUGCCCUCACUGCCCUGCCGUAUUUACACAGCGCUCGCAGCUGAGAAAUCAUUCCUCGGCACAUUCUGGAAAGCCCUGGGAAUGCUCGUAUUGUCCCCAGCGAUUCAGCAGAAAAUACGAGAAAGUCCGCCAUGAGAGGUCAAAGCACCUUCAUAUCAAGCCGUACGCGUGCGACAUCUGCAACAAGCGCUUCAGCAGGACUGAUGCUCUGGCCAGACACAUGCUCGUUGAACAACGAGCUGUAAUCAAGCGCGGUGGCUCGGAUGAAGACGACGAAGCCGUAUUUUCCAAAGAGGAUUCGGAUGGUUAAUCAGUUUAGACUUUUCUUGGAGAGAACUUGCGCUUCAAAGCGUUUGUUUAGAUUGGCAGGAUUACACGUGUAAAUUAUAGAAUGCAUCCUUUAAGCACG